UUGCUGCUACUUAGAGCAUCGGUGGCGGUUAAGAUAUGCGGAAAACUGCAAUGAGCUGAUGAAAUCUGAAUUAGAAUCAAGAUAAAUACGUGAUAUUAACAAUAUCAAUAAAACUUAAAAUUAAAACAACAAAAGUGUGCACUUUACAAAUAUAUUUUAAAUUUGUUAGUUUUUAAACUUGAUAUUGCCAUUUGUAACAAUCCUUACUUAUAUAUUAAAAAAGUGUUUGCUUAUACUAGUCGACUCAUAUAGCUAUAUUUCUUUGGCCAAAAGAAUUUAAUACUAUAAGCGGUUGCGGCGGAUGUGCACGUGUUAGUUCCAUAUGCUCUAAGCAAUGAACACGAAUGGUAGUGGACUCCGACCUUCACACAACCUUCACCAUCAGGCUCACAUGUGUAAUCAAUAUUAAAAGUAAAUGAAAUUAAAAACAAUAUACAGUGUUUGGUAUCUUAGUAACCAAAAAUAAAUAACGCGCCAAAUGAAGUUACUAAUAGUUUAAUCGAAGCUCGAAUAAAAAUACGGCAACGGCAAGUUAUAAACACAGUCACUAUGCUGGAUUCUUUAAGUGAAGUUUAAUCAUUCAUUCAGUGAAUCAAAUAUAAUCAGAUAUAUAUGCCUUUAUGCUGGUACAGUGAUAAAUACUAUUAGUAACAAAAAAAUCGUAAAUAUUAAUUGGAGUAAUUGCUAUGAACUUUAAAUUUAAAAAUAGAUUUAUGAGCUUAACUAAUUUAGAAGUUGAAGAUAAUUUUUAAAUGUCGGUAGUAGUUUCAAACGUUAAGUAAUUAAAAAACUAUUAAAUAAAAAAAAUUAGCAAUAAAAACAAUAUCGGUAUCACCGCCAACACAUGAAGUAAGAUAAGAAAAAAGCACUGAACUUCAAUCUCAGCUACAGAGAAACAGAAUCAUUUCCAGACAAUUUUCAGUGAGAAAAACGCAACCGCAGUGCAUUUAUAAAUAAUUAAAUCAGCAUGAGUGACCGUGAAUUAAGUUGUAAUUCAGCUGGGCAGUUUAUGGACCGCGGGCGGAUGAAUCAAAAUGGUGUUGUGCAACCUUUAUUGACUGAUCUCUAUCAAAUAACAAUGGCUUACGCUUAUUGGAAAUCUGGCAAAACCGAUGAUCAAGCAGUGUUUGAUUUAUUUUUUAGAAACAACCCGUUUCAUGGAGAAUUUACGAUAUUUGCUGGAUUAGAAGAAUGUUUAAAAUUUUUAGACAGUUUUCAUUAUUCAGAAAGUGAUAUUGAAUAUUUGCGACAGACCUUGCCAGAAGGUAUAGAAAAUGAAUUCUUUGAUUAUUUAGGCAAUUUAACUGCGAGAGACGUAAUUUUAUAUGCAAUAGAUGAGGGAACGGUGGCGUUUCCAAGAGUACCUAUCAUAAAAGUUGAGGGGCCUUUGAUUAUAGUACAAUUAUUGGAAACUACCUUAUUGACAUUAGUGAAUUAUGCAAGUUUAAUGGCAACGAAUGCUGCGCGAUAUCGUAUGGUUGCAGGAAAGCACGUAAAAUUGCUCGAAUUUGGAUUACGUCGUGCACAAGGACCAGAUGGAGGACUGUCAGCUUCCAAAUAUUCUUAUACAGGAGGCUUUGAUGGCACCUCAAAUGUUUUAGCGGGUAAGCUUUUUAACAUUCCUGUAAAAGGAACACAUGCACAUGCUUAUAUAACGUCCUUCUCUGGAAUUGGUGAGCUAAAAACACGACUUCUUAGGCAUAAGACAACUGGUAUAACUGGAGAUUUAUUGGAACAUGCGAUUAAACACCGACAAGCAUUAUCUCACGUACUUGAUGUAUCAACGGAGGAGUCAAGUGAAGGCGAACUAGCUGCAAUGGUUUCAUACGCCAUUGCUUUUCCAGACGGUUUUAUGGCCCUAGUCGACACGUAUGAUGUUAAGAGCAGAAAUGAAAAUGAUAAUCAAAAUGAUAAAAUGAAACGAAAGUCGAACAUGAUUAUAAGCAAUAAUGUAGCACCAACGAGCUCCUGCAAAAAUGGACACAAGUUAUGUACCAGUACAUCCAAGCCAACGUAUCCAGAACUUUUGAAGCCAAAUUUUAUAUCAAAAUUUUGUAAAAUAAAUGGCGUGUAUAACUCAAAUGUUAACCGAACUUGUAGCAAUGGCAGUGCAAUCAAAAUUGCUCAAGACAAUGGAAACGAUUUUGUAUCAUUGAUUGAACAUAUAAAUGAGGUCGUACAAAUUCAGACGUCAAAUGCGAUUAAAAAUAAUAAUCAUAAGGCUUCAAAUAUUAAGAAAACGAGACGAAGUGUUACGCCAGCCGCAACAUUAGUAAACAAACACAAUUUAAUUUAUUCCCCAAAAAAUCCUAGUAAUGCAUCAGACACGCUUGUUACUUGGAAUCUGCCAAAAUAUGUCGAAAAGUCAUUCAGGAGUGGGCUGCUAAAUUUUUCCGCGGUUGCGUUAGCUCUUUAUGACUUUGGCUUUUAUGCAGUCGGCAUACGUAUCGAUUCUGGAGACUUGGCCUAUUUGUCGUGUUUGGCUCGCGAAACAUUCGAGAAAAUCGCAGAACGGUUCAAAGUAUCCUGGUUUAACAAACUCACAAUUGUUGCCUCCAAUGAUAUCAAUGAGGAUACGAUUUUGAGCUUAAAUGAACAAGGACAUAAGAUUGACUGUUUUGGCAUUGGUACUCAUUUGGUUACAUGUCAACGUCAACCUGCAUUGGGUUGCGUUUACAAAUUGGUAGAGAUAAAUGGACAGCCACGUAUCAAACUCAGUCAAGAUGUGGAGAAAGUGACAAUGCCUGGACAUAAAAAUGCAUACAGAUUAUAUAGUGCUGAUGGUCAUGCAUUAAUUGAUCUUUUACAAAAAGUAACAGAAAUGCCACCAGCAGUGGGACAGAAAGUUCUUUGCAGGCAUCCGUUUCAAGAGUCGAAACGAGCAUACGUAAUUCCAUCGCAUGUAGAAUCAUUGUACAAGAUUUACUGGCAAGAUGGUAAAAUAUAUCAGAAACUUCCGACACUGGAGCAAGUGCGUGAGAAAGUUCAGAUUUCAUUAAAAACUCUGCGCAAUGAUCAUAAACGUACGCUAAAUCCUACCCCUUACAAGGUGGCAGUCAGCGAUAAUUUGUACAAUUUUAUACAUGAUUUAUGGUUGCAAAAUGCUCCGAUAGGUGAGCUAUCAUGAUCAAUAUAAAAAUUGUUAUGUAAAUCAAAUUUUGAAAUUAACUUAUAUAAAAAAAUGAUUAAUUUUUGAACAAUUUCUCGAAGCAAACAUUGUUAUUUGCUGAUAUAAGAUAAUAAAUAUAUAUAAUUUUUAACAAUUGCAUAUAUUGUAGGGGACAUUAUAUACGAGUAUGUAUAA